AUGAAAUUCCGCAUUAAAACAAAUGAUCCGGGAUGUAUUGAAUAUUUCUCAAGUAUCGUACAAAUGAUGGCUGGCCUGGCGAAAAAUGUUAUUCUACGCUUGAAUAAAGGUCAAUUUUCAUUUGCUAUUAAAGAACGUAUUGUAUUCGGUGGGAUUACAGCAUGGUGUGAUGUAGAACAUGCAGUCUUGUUUCCUGAACGUAUAUGUGAAGGUAUUUCACCUGAUCAAGAUGAAAUAUUCCUUGAAGUAAUUAUUGAUCAUUUGCUGCAUUGUAUUCGUUCAAAUGCACAAUCUGCUGCUGGUCACAAUUCAUUGUACAAUACAACUUCUUCAUCUAACUCAGGCAUGAAUAAAUCACGAAUUGGAUCGAGUUCUAUUACUGGAAUGGUGAAUACAUUUGAUCAGUCUACAUGUCGACUACUUGGCUUGAAAAUUAAAUUGGUUCGACGUAAAACGCCUUGUUUAGCAAUUGAAUUAGAACAGUCAAGCGUUACAGGUCGUCCACGUUCUGUUUGGCAUUUUAUUCCUGUACAAGUUGUUCCUCCACGUUUAUGGGAUGAAUUUAUUGAACCGACAGAUCCAGACUUCGAUGUGAGCAUUUUCUUUCCUCCGGUGAAAACUUUACGUCCAUUUGUUGAUCGUAUGAAGAGAUUUGCAAAAUUUGUUAUAAUCAGCGCUAAUGGUUCAGGUGAAUUAAAUUUCGGCGUGAAUGUUGAAACGCUUGCCUGCGUUAAAUUGACCUUUAGAGGUUUAAAAGCACGUAGUUGGAUGACAGAAGAAUCACCUACAGAGAUCAAUGAUUCAAUAGACGAUGCCCGGAGUGUUACCUGGGAAUCCAACUCUCAUUAUCAUCAUCAUCAUAAUGAUGAUGUUGAUAUGGAUAGAUCACAGAAUGAAAAUCUAAAUAAGAAAUUUGUUUCAGUCAGUUUAGAUAUACGACGUAUUGGACAGUUGUUAUCAAGUCUGAAGACUAUUCCCAGUUGUUUUGUUUGCAAUAUAAUUCACGAAAGAUUGGCUCAAUUUCUAUUGUUAUUCGACAAUCAUAAGCUUAAAUUCAACAUUCCAGCUUCUAAUUUAUAG